GUCCUUCCUGUUUGAAAAAAUCAAGGAAGCAGCCGCGAAUGAAGACUCUCCCGCACUGAUGGAUCGGAGAACAUCCUAGAGACUGACAUCCAUGCUUCUUGGUCACGGUGCUGUACUUUUGAUACUCUGGAUUAUUACUAUGGCCCAGGUGUCCCAGGAGGACAGGGAGAAAACUACUGCACUCAAAGAUUUGCUUUCAAGAAUAGACUUGGAUGAGCUGAUGAAGAAAGAUGAGCCACCAUUUACUUUCCCCAAAACACUCGAGGAGUUUGAAUAUGCCUUCAAUGAAAACGGUCAGCUGAGGCACAUCAGGACUGGAGAGCCUUUUGUAUUCAACGCCAGAGAGGAUCUCCACCGCUGGAACCAAAAACGCUAUGAAGCUCUUGGAGAGAUUAUCACUCAGUACGUUUAUGAGCUGCUGGAGACGCAGUGCAACAUGACUAGAGUUUACCUGCCAAUCGAUGCAAAGGAGGAAGAGCCCACCAGUUUCAUCUAUGUGACAGAUGAUGCCCUCUCCAACCCGUCCAAGCUGCUGGUGCUGAUCCAGGGCAGCGGGGUGGUGCGGGCUGGACAGUGGGCCCGCAGGCUCAUCAUCAACCAGGACCUGGACUCAGGAACACAGAUCCCCUUCAUCACUAGAGCCAUACAGGAAGGCUAUGGCGUGAUGGUGCUAAACCCCAAUGACAACUACCUUGAGAUUGAGAAGCCAGAUAGAUCUUCUCCUCUUGGCUCCCAGGACGAACUAUCGGAAGAGCCAGCUGAAAAGAAGGAACGCAAAGAUGACAAAGAGGGCAGCAAGAAGAAAGAAUUUUACGAGAAGUACCGCAACCCACAGAAGGAGGCUGAGACGGAGCGCAUCCCUAUACGAGAUAAUGGCUCUUCGGAGGACCAUGUGCUCUAUGUGUGGGACCACUUUGUGUCCAGAGCUGCAGCCAAGAAUGUCUUCAUCAUUGCCCACAGCUAUGGAGGCCUUUCAUUCGUUGAGCUGAUGAACCAGAGAGAGGCCGAAGUGAAAAACAAGGUGUGCGCUGUGGCCCUGACUGACUCAGCUCACAGCAUCUGGUUACAAGAGACGACUAAAAGCACGCAGGACUGGAUGCAGCAGAGCUGCUGUAACUGGGUGUCAAGUCCAGAACCACUGGACACGCCACUGGACUCCAUGUUGCCAGACUGUCCCCGAGUCUCUGCAGGCACCGAGAAGCACGAGCUGACUUCUUGGAUGAGUUUUGACUCCAUCUUUCGCUUCUUCAACGAGGUCCUGGAGGCGCAGGAGUACGAAGAGGCACAGGAGACCUCCAACGUAGUUACCACACGCAGCGGAUCCCACAAAAGCAAACACCAGGAUUUGUAGAAGAUCAACAACAAUGGAGUGGGAGGGCUUGGAUUAAGAUUUAACAAAGAAAUAGCAACACCUUACACUUCUACGCUUUCCUAUAACCUCUGUAUUUUCCCUGAAUGUCGCCCUGGCUCCAAGCACAUUACACGUUGCUUAUGUAAGAGCAAAGAGUGCAUCAUGUAUAAAUCACAAUAACGUUUUGCAUUACUUCUAGAUGAGUGCUACUGUCAAAGCAAUAUGAACCUGAAGUGUUAGUGCUUCCCGUGGGCUGUGGCCUCGCUGCGGCUGUGGACCGGAGCAGCAGAGAUUAAGGCUGACAGACGCUGUGCCCUGUGUGCGGGGUGCUCCUCUAAUUGUUCUGACAUCACACUGAACUGAGCUAAUGGCCUCUAUGCCCUCCGUCUCAAAUACUCCCACCACCCUCCCGGUCCUAACGCCUGGUCCUAACGCCUGGUCCUAACGCCUGGUCCUAACGCCCGGUCCUAACGCCCGGUCCUAACGCCCGGUCCUAACGCCCGGUCCUAACGCCCGGUCCUAACGCCCGGUCCUAACGCCCGGUCCUAACGCCCGGUCCUAACGCCCGGUCCUUACGCCCGGUCCUUACGCCCGGUCCUUACGCCCGGUCCUAACGCCCGGUCCUAACGCCCGGUCCUUACGCCCGGUCCUUACGCCUGGUCCGCACUGGAGAUCUACUGAUGCUGCUGCUUUCUGCGCUUAUAUCAACACCAGUGUAUUUUUUUUUGUUUUGUUUUUACUACUUUUGCAAAUAUCCCAUUAUCAAAUUUUAAGGGCAUCUGACUUACUGAACACAAUUCAAUUUAAUUUGCCUCUUUUAAAUGAUGCUUUUUAAAUGAUUUAAUUUUUUUAAAGAUUCUGAUACAUCUCUGUAUAUUUUAUAAUCCUGUUGUAAAGUGUAGAGAAUCAUUGUCCUGGUUUUCACAAAGAGUCCAUAAACUACUGCUACAUCAGGGUCUACUGCAUAAAGAUCACCAACAAAUCAAUCUUUUUUUUUUUUUUUAAGUAAUGUUUUACUGCACCACUAUUUAUACUUUUUACUUAAUCUCCACAAUUUGUGAUUUUAUAACUUUCUUAUAUUGCAAAAUAAGAUUAAAAAGUUGUUUUUUUAAUUCGCAUAUGCAAACUUCAAAUGUAAUUCUUUGGCGAGGUAAUCCCAUACACCUAUGAUUUAUUUGACUGUCCUCUUUUAAAGUAUAGAAUGUGAAAGUCCAUCUUUCUUGGAUUGAUAAUAUAUGUAUUUCUUCAAUUUGCACUGUGCAUUAUUGAUGUGUGGGGAUUAUUGAAUGUGAUGAAACAAAUAAAACAAGCCCGUCCUGUGCUGAAUAUGAAAACAUCACAAGCAUGAAGCAUAUUUAAAAUCACUUAAAGUCAAGCAUCAAAAUAGCUAUGAGAGAUAUCUCAUUUUUACAGGAGCCAGAAGUCAGCUCACAGCUCUCAUAAAUCCCCUUAUAUCGCCUUACACAUGUCAGGAAAUCCAAGAUCUCUAUAUUAUUCUAAGCCUGAGUGAUAUUUCCUUAGAUGCUGUAUAAGUAUAACAUAUCUGUUCUCCCCUUCUUUUCUUUCAUUUAGACCUGACAAAGUAAAGCUCAGCUCAUAAUCUGACUUUGUGACACAAACACACUUUUUCCAAAAGGCACUUUUAUGAAACACUCAAGGCUAAAUGGACUAUAUUUCAUGACAUUUGUAAAUCUCCAACUGGAUAGUAAAUCUUAUGAUACCUAAGACACAUUCUCAAAUGUGUAUGCACUUGAAAUAGUUCCUUGUUUAACUUUUUCCACUGUGCGCCUGUGCCUCUGCUGCCCACUGCGUGUAUGGUUUUAGGCUUUUGUGGAUUAUCUUUCCGCUGUAAUGAGACAAUUGUGGCUGAUGGUUGCAGGCCUAAUUUCCUUUUAAUUUGAUUCGGAUCUCUCCAGGUUUCAGCAAAGACAGUGGCUUAUUAUUUGAUUUGAUGAGUUUUGUUUGUAGAUACCAUUGCUCAUCUUUCAGCUUUUUAGCUCCGAACCUACGAUCGGUUCAUUUUUCCUGCUGUAAUUUGUAUAUUGUUGCCUUAGGAAUAAACAACACACUGCUCACUGUUUUUAAUAAUAACCAGCAAGCCAUAUGUGAGUAGAAUUAAAGACGUAAGAGCAACCAAAAUUUGAAGCACAAAAGAGUUGAAGAGGUGUCAAUGGUAGAUGCUUUAUAUGAUGCACUAAAUUAAGAAA